GAUAAUUUACUGCUCGAGAAACACAUUUAUUCUACUUAAUUGUGCACUUAAGUUUUUGUAUGCAAAUUUUCAUAAUUAAUGAGUGCCUUGGUGUUUCCAUCCAGCAUUUAUAUAUGUGUGUUUUCCAAAAUCUGUAUAAAAUAGAUGGUUGGAAACAUAGCUAGUGUUAUUAUUUUUGCACAGGAAGCAUACGAACUCAUCUGUGUGUGUGUGUGUGUGUGUGUGUGUGUUAGUCUGACUGACUGUGGCGUGUUUUGUCCUCAGGCUUGAACUCGAGAUGCUGUGUCUCGUCUCUGUGACUCUCUGCGCUCCUGACUCUAUAAGUGCAGUGAUCCAGGCUCUUCUGGGAUGACAGAUGAAUCUGGGGGAGGAGACGCGCAGCUCACACACACACACACACACACACACACACCUGACGGAGGGUUGAUUCUUCAGCUGUGUUCAGCAUGUUUGUCAUGAUCAAAAACUGGCUGCUUGGAGCCACUGAAGAGAGCGAGUACAAGCUGCUGAGCACUGAAUGCAAGGUAACACACACACACACACACACACACACACACUGAUUGAUUGAAGUGAUAUUUUCUGAUAGUUCAGCUCACAUCACUCUCUGCAGCUUCACUAACUAAAGAUCUGACUGUUAGCUCAUGCUUGUGUUUCUUUCUUAUUAUUCUGAGAUUAUGUUUUAAUCUUUUUCAUCACAAAAUCCAGAGAAAGAAUGGAGAAAUCAAGAAUCAAGCCUAUUGCUGGAGCUUUAUGAGUUUUACAGAUUUGCAUUCUGAUGUAACGUACACAACAGUUAAACACAUGGUCACAGCUGUCAUGUAGAGAAGAAGUAAGUUAAAAGUAUAAUUGCAAGUAUAACGUGGUAUUUGUAUGUUGAAUUAAUGUAGAAAAAAUUGUAAACAUUUUUGUGUCUAGGUGAUUUACAGUUCGAGGUGAAUGUCUGUAAAUUAAUGCAGAAAACCUUCAGAUUGUUAAAAAUGAGCUUGUGCAGAAAUGUGUUUUUGUGUGAUUCUUUUGUGCUCGAGUCAUGUCAAGAUGAAUCUCAGACAUUGAGCUGAAAUAUCACACAGUCAUGAGAUCUGAGCCGUUAAAACACUCUUAAUUACAGCUGACACACAAUACACACACACACACACACACACUACACACGGUCAAAUAUGAAUAAUUAAACACAUGAGCUAAUAUUAGCUGAGCAGCAUUAAUUAAGGAGUCCAAAUGACACCUAGACAGACUAUAAUUACCAGUCACACACACACACACACACUCACACACACACACACACACACACUGAUUCUGUGCGUGUGUGUGUGUGUGUGUGUGUUUAUGUGGCUGAAGGCGUUUAUUCUGCUGAAAUUAACUGACUCACUGCUGACUCUCUCUCUUUCUCUUUCUCUCUCUCUCUCUGUCUCAUUCUCUCUCUCCCUCUCUCUCCCUCUCUCUCUCUCUCGCUCUCAUUCUCUCUCUCUCUCUGUCAGGAUGGGGUGUGUUAUGAGGUGCGCCGCUAUGAUGCGUGUAAGCAUGUGUGUGUGAGUCUGGAGGGGCGGAGCUUCGAUCAGGUUUCAGGUGAUCUUCAGCGGAAGCUUCUUGCCUACAUGAGUGGAGACAACGAACAAGGUGAGGUGAUGAACACGCCCGUCCCCAUCAUCUUCACCGUGUUUCCUCGUGAUGACGGCUCAUUAAACCGCCGCCUGGUCGCCGCUCUGCGCAUCCCAUCAUCCUUCCAGAUCGCCCCCCCAAACCCAACCGACUCAUCCAUUCGCAUCGAGGACCGUCCAGGCAUGACCGUAUACAUCCUGUACGUUAACACAGUAAAGCCCUGCUCACAGCAAGAACUAUAACUAUAAAGACAAUCAGAACACUGCUGACAGACAUGCAGCCAAGCAGAGCACUGCAAACAGACACACAGCCAAUCAGAGCUCUGCUAACAGACAUGCAGCCAAGCAGAGCACUACUUAACGACACGCAGCCAACCAGAGUGCUGCAAGAGCACUGCAAACAGAUACACAGCCAAUCAGAGUGCUGCUAACAGACACACAGCCAAUCAGAGCACUGCAAACAGACACACAGCCAAUCAGAGGGCUGAUAACAGACACACAGCCAAUCAGAGCACUGCAAAUGGACACACAGCCAAUCAGAUCGCUGGUAACAGACACACAGCCAACCAAAGUGCUGCAAAAGCACUGCAAACAGACACACAGCCAAUCAGAGCACUGCAAACAGACACACAGCCAAUCAGAGCUCUGCUAACAGACAGCCAAUCAGAUCGCUGCUAACAGACACACAGCCAACCAGAGUGCUGCAAAAGCACUGCAAACAGAUACACAGCCAAUCAGAGCACUGCUAACAGACACACAGCCAAUCAGAGCUCUGCUAACAGACAGACAGCCAAUCAGAACAAAGUAUAACAGAAAAACCAGCAGAGGCAUGUUCAAGUUCAAAACGGUGCACAACGUUUUGCUACGGUUUCCGUGUUGAACGUCAUGUUUCCUGGAAACGGUGUGCACCAGUGUGUAACGGGGUUUGAGAUGUGUUUUCUCUUGUUUUGUGGGUGUGUCAGAACUGCAGUCCAAUCAGCAGCAACAUGUAUAUAAAGCACGCGGUAUUAAAGUG